CAUGCACAGAUCGAACACACCUAUAGCUGCUGCUGCUGUGUAAGCGAAACAUACCUCACAGAUCUCAGCGGAGGCGGCAGCAGCCACGUCUUCUUUUCUGUUCCUCGCUGAAAAACAUCACAUCGAUGCUCUUCAGUACAGUGCAAGAUCAGUGAAGAACAUACCCAUGAGGUGAUCACUAAACACCACUCUGUGGAUGUGUGUUAGUCCAGGUGUGUGUUUGCACAUUUGCCCCCUCAUUGGUAGCAUCUCUGACUGACAGAACAAGUGUGUUUGCCUCUGUUUUUGCUCUAUGUUGUCCUUGUUUAUCUGAGAGUGUUUCUGAAAAGCAAGCGUCAUGUCGAGGGCAGACAGGGCGAUUAACAGUGAAUCGGGUGACUGGGGCUACAGUGAGGACGCUGGUGAAAGAGCAUGGCUCCUGCAGAGCCCCAGUGUGGACUCCGUCCCACCACCCAAUCAAACUGACAACAGAAGGGGAGGGACUUCAUUACUUGGGGCUGUGUUUAUUGUGGUGAAUGCUGCUCUGGGAGCCGGACUUCUCAAUUUUCCUGCUGCUUUCAACAUGGCUGGAGGCGUCACAGCAGGAGUGACCCUGCAGAUGAGUAUGAUGGUCUUCAUCAUCACUGGGCUGGUGAUCUUGGCUUAUUGUUCUCAGGUGAGCAAUGAAACAACGUAUCAGGAGGUGAUCCGUGCAGUGUGUGGAAAGGCUCUGGGUGUCGUGUGUGAGCUGGCCAUUGCGGUUUACACCUUUGGCACCUGCAUAGCCUUCCUUAUUAUUAUUGGCGAUCAGUUAGACAAGCUGAUUGGCGCUAUAAAUAAUGAGUCAGAGAAAAUGAUUAGUUCACACUGGUACACUGAUCGCAAGUUCACCAUCACUUUGACCUCAGUGCUGAUCAUACUUCCUCUGUCUAUACCCAAAGAGAUUGGCUUCCAGAAGUAUGCCAGCACCCUGAGUGUUGUUGGCACCUGGUAUGUGACAAUCAUAAUCAUCGUCAAAUACAUCUGGCCCGACAAAGACGUUUCUCCAGGAGUCAUCCCAGUCAGCCCUGCAUCCUGGACUGACGUGUUCAAUGCCAUGCCCACAAUCUGCUUCGGUUUCCAGUGUCAUGUCAGCAGCGUUCCUGUUUUCAACAGCAUGAAGAAGCCAGAAAUCCGGCCUUGGUGGGCAGUUGUUACAGUCAGCGUGAUCAUCUGCCUCUUUGUGUAUACAGGCACAGGUGUCUGUGGCUUCCUGUCUUUUGGCUCAAGCGUAAGCCAGGAUGUGUUGAUGUCAUAUCCAUCUGAUGACAUUGCGGUGGCCAUUGCUCGAGCCUUCAUCAUCAUCUGUGUUGUUACCUCAUAUCCAAUCCUGCACUUCUGUGGAAGGGCAGUGCUGGAAGGUUUGUGGUUGCGUUUUAAAGGAGAGGAGGUGGAGACGGAUGUGGCCAGGGAACGGAGACGGAGAAUACUGCAGACACUCGUCUGGUUUUGUCUCACAUUAAUUCUCGCUCUCUUCAUUCCUGAUAUCGGACGAGUGAUUUCACUAAUUGGUGGUUUGGCUGCAUGCUUCAUUUUUGUUUUUCCAGGGUUGUGCUUGAUUCAGGCAAAACUUUCAGAGCGUGAUGUCAGAUCAGCCAGUUGGAAGGCAAUGGUGGCCUAUGGGGUUGUUAUGGUUACGAUUGGUGCGUUCAUCUUUGGCCAGACGACCACUAAUGCCAUCUACCAAGAUAUCAUGAAUUAUCCCAGCAGCCCGUAGACGAGUUGGUGUGACCUCAUGAAUAUUGGGCUAUGAACCAAUAGAGACAUUAAAAACAAGGGAAUGAAGCCUGUCCAAAUCACGUCUACCACUGACCUCUAUCAAGUCUUCAGGAGACUGUUUGAAAUCUUCUCGUCUUGUAAAGCGCACCUCUUGAUGUAGUGGAUCAUCCACCUGCAUGCAGCAUCACGCUCUCUGCUCUGGCUGUUUGUGAAUGGAGGACCCCUGUGAAGGACACUAUACUUCACUAUUUACUGAAUGGAUAUGGACAUUGUGUUAGAUCUUCCAAAUAUAGCCGCUUUCUUUCGAAAUCUAAUUUUGGUUUUUGUCCAUUCUCUUUUUUUAAUUUUUAUAUAUUUUUUUAAGAAACUGAUUUUAUGAAGGCCUUAUAUACUUGACAUUGCAAAUGUGGCCAGUGUUCAUAAUGUUUACCCUUAGAAUCUUAUUACAAACUUUUUUCUUGAUGACUUGCACUGACAAACAUGUAAUUCUACAGUUCCAUAAGAUCUGAGAAUACUAAUGGUGUGUGUGUGUGCUGGUAUAUAUGGUUUAUGGGGACACAAAUGUGUAUAAUGACAUGGGUACUACAACAUAAUCAUGGUUUAUGAGGACAUUUACUGUGUCCCCAUAAAACAUUAGGUUUAAAAAACAUACAAAAUGGUGUUUUAUGAUUUUUAAAAUUGCUAGUUGUUUUCUAUAAUGGGUAGGUUUAAGUGUAGGGCGAUAGAAAAUACAGUUUGUACAAUCCAAAAACCAUUAUGCCUCUGGAGAGUCCCUGUAAACCACAAAUACAAGUGUGUGUGUGUGUUUACCACUUUAGAUCAGAAGUUACACAAAGGGACAGUUAUUUAAGUUGUAUUUCAGACAAUACUUGAUGAAUGGUUUUUAUUUUGAUGUAAUGGAUUGUUGUUUAAGCCACAUCUUCUGAAUGUGCUUUUAUGAAAUUGUUGCUUAAGCCAAGGGUGCAGUUAUCUCUGAUUUUGUUUCACUGGUACUCGAGGAAGUAUAAUUAAGACUAGAUGGUUAACUGAAAGCUCAAUGAUAUUUUUGUGUUUAUUUUAUUUUAAGGGAGAAAUUCUGCUACUGAAGUUGGUGAAUGAGAAUUUCUAGGUUCCAUGAAACCAUUCUCCAAACAGUUUUAUUGUGCAAGUCACAAUUAUGUUGUGCUGGUGACCCCUUUUGUACCACAUGCUCCAAUUCAAAAUAAUGCCUACACAUGAAAAUUCCUCAUGGAUUUAAUCAUUAACACUAGAUGCAUGUUUGCUUUUGCACAAUCAUGUAUUAUUGUAUGUUUUGCUGUUUCAGUGCAAUCACUAAAGGGAUGUUCCAUGAGAAAUCAGCAAA